AUGCCGCCUCGUAUGCAUCGCGGCGGUGGUGGCCAGGGCCCCGCCCCGCAGCAGCAGCAGGCACCGCCUCCACAACAGCAGCAGCAGCAAGCCCCGCCACAGCAGCAGCAGCAAGGCUACGGUAAUGGCACAGGUGGGCCGCAGUCGCAUCUGCACGUGUUUCAUCACCACGCCGCCUACAAUGACGUUGGCCGCGGCGGAAUGCCGCCACCGCAGCACGGCGGUAACAGCGGAUCGAACAACAUGAGCAGCAUGAUGUAUGGUGGCGGCAGUGGCGGUGGCAACGCGCCGACCUCGCCGGUAUACGGCGGCGGCGGUACCGCUUACGGCAACAACAAAAGUAGUAUUCCUCCCCACAUGAUGUCCCCAUCUCCGCACCCGCAGAUUGUGGGGAUGGGGAACGAGUACGCCCCCCGGAUGCAGUCGUCUCCCUAUCCCCAGCAGCAGCAGCAAGGUGGCGGCGCGAGCACGCCAAACAGCAUCGGCCGCCGCGUCCGCACACCUGGGCCAUCAAACAUGGGGCCACAGCCUCAACAGCAGCAGCUGCCUCCUCCUCCGCCGCAGCAGCCGUACUACGGUGGCAAUCAGGGUGGAGGGAUGAGCUACAACCCAAAUAUGCGCGGCUCUGCCCCACCGCCGCCGCCGCCGCACAUGGAGCCGUCGCCGAGCUUCGUCAAUGGCACGCCGCAGCAGCCGCAGCCCGGAAUGAUGCGCGGGGAUGGCGGCUAUGGCCCGGAUGUGAACAACAGUCCACCGCCACAGAACAACGGCUAUCGUGCUGGGCAGCCGCCUCCGCCGCCGCAGCAACAUCAGCAGCAGAUGCACAUGCAGUCCUCUCCCCUGCACCCGCAGCACUACCAAGGCAACGGUGGCUACGGCGGUGGUGGUGGCCGUGGGAUGGGUGGUGGGAUGCAGAACCCGAACAUGCAGAUGCAACCGCCCCCACAGCAGCAGCAGCACAUGAUGGGGGGCGGCGGCGGCAGUGCAUCGAACAGUGCAAACCGUGGCAUGAUGGGGCCGAUGGGAGGCAGCAAGCAAAUGCAGCAGGGGCCGCCGCCCCCACUGCAGCAGCAGCAGCAACAGGCGAUGCCGCCGCCGCCGCAACAGCAGCAACCUGGCAUGAACAGCAAUUGGGGCUCGCCGCAGCCACCGCCGACGCACAUGCAGGCAAACGUGUCUCCGCCGCCGCAGGGGCAGCCACAGAUGGGUGGAAUGCAAUACGGCGGCGGUGGCCCGGUGCCGAUGGUGGGUCGUGGCCGUGUGCCUGGAGCGCGCAUGGGUGGCGGAGGGAUGGGGCCGAUGGGCGGCAACAAUAUGGGUGCCCCGCCGCCGCCGCCACAGCAGCAGCAGCGUCAGCCGCCGCAGCCGCCGAGUAUGAUGAGUGGCAUGGGCGGCCCGCAGCAGAUGCCGGGUGGCGGCAACAUGAACCCGCAGAUGAUGAUGCCGCCACCACCGCAAGGUGGACAGGGCCCCAUGAUGCAGCAGAGCGGCGGUGUUCCGGGCAUGUACGGUGGAAGCAUGGAUGCCAACAUGAUGGGCGGGAUGGGUGGCCCACUGAUGCCGGGGUACAUGGACGCUGACCCGCGUGGAGAUCUCGCCCCGCAGCAGACGCUCUACGAGUUCCUCAUGGAGAAGCGGCUGCUGCGCAAAACAACCCUUGGCACCUUCUUCCCUGAGGGCUACGACCCAAAGUGCAAUAGCCGUAUCACAAUUGCGGUGGACGGUAACUACAUGAUUACCAACCUCCGCGCGCAGCUGCAGCGCACCGACCCGCUGUGGUUCCUGCACUCCUGCCUGCCCGACUGCCUGCUGUCGCUCGUGCACAAGCACGUGGAGCAGAUGCGCGCGCACCACCUGGAGCCGUUAUGGGUGCUGAGCGGCAUUAGUAUCAACGGCGAUGUGGAGGCAUUCCUGCCGAGCCCGGACGAGCUGCACUCGCGCGAUGCAGUGUGGGCGAAGCUGAACGAGGGCAUCGAUCUUCCCACGCAGGACGAGAUCACCGAGGCCUUCGAGACGUCGUCGGCCGUCGGCGAGGACGUGCUGCGGGCCAUUCAGCGCUUCCUGCGCACGGAGGAGAACGUGGUCUGCGUGACGGCGCCGUUCCUCAACUGGUGCCAGAUGUGCACCCUCCACAAGGAGGGCAUCGCGCAGCUGCUGAUGGGCCCUCCAGAGAUGCUAAUGGUGCCCUAUGACGACAUGAAGGUAAUUGCUGAGGUGAACUUGCAGACGAGCGAGGUGGCCUAUUACGACCGCGACGAGGUGCUGCGCGAGCUGUUCCCGCGCUACGUGACGGAGACGUCCACCGCCGCGGCUGGCGAUCGCUUUCUCGACUUUGGGUUGCUCAUCGCCUCGCACCCGGCCAUCACGACCGCCCACGCGAGUGUGCAGCUGUCGACGCAGAGCAUCUACGAGGAGCUGUCAACGCCGCACCCAAACUUCAACACUCUUCGCGAGUUCAUUGAUCAGUACGAGUAUCCGCAGAACCAGAAUGAGCGCCCUAAUCUUGAGAAGCUGAAGCACUCGAAGGGCCGCACAUACAUUCAGUACAGUCCCGUCUUCUCCAACCAGGUGACGUCGGAGUCUUCGCUCGUGUACUUCAAGCGCAUCCUAGACCCCAGCCUGACGAACGCGAACAUGCCCAACAAUCUGUCUGGCGUGUUCGGCUACCUCGUGCCGCUGUCCCUAUUCUACUUUCAGUUCACCGGCCUGCUCUCGGUCGGCCUCAUGACCGCCGUCACCCAGCUCUACAUCCGCGAUGAGUUCCCCGUCGCCGACACAGAGGAGUACCACCACUUGCUGCACCCUCUUAUGGCACUGCGUGGGCAGAUCAUCUCGCAGAUGGUCUCUCGCAUUAAGGCAGAUGCGCACGGCCAGCGCCUCGGCAAGAUCUCAUGGGUGCGGUGGUUUGACUCGAUCCUGAUGAGCGUGCUGCCGCCCGAUCGUCUCAUCGUGUUGGACGAGUGGAACCUCAAGAACUCGCCAGAGCUUGCCAGCGUGCCGGAUGACCAGCUGGAGAAUAUCGACAUGUCCAUGGUGCUCUCCCUCAAGUCGUCGGUAAUGUGCAUCCCGGCGCCGCAGUUGCCGGCCAACGCGUCCCCUCGUGAUGCACCGAUCUUGUACCACGGCAAAAAGGAGACGUUCUUCGCGAUUUUGCUGAAGACGUUCGACUUUGUCGGCUACUUCUCCCACUCGGCGGAUCCGAUGGAUGGCGCUGAGUUGGCGUCGGAGCCUGUGCAGGUGAUGGUGCAGGGCCAGUCCGCCCCUGACGAUCAGAGCAACGGGCCGGACGGCGGCAAGGGCGACCUCGCCGACAGCUCCUCGGACCCGAACAUGAGCGAGCAGCGUGUCUUCUUCACAGCUUACCUUAGCAUCUCCCUCGAGCACUGCCCACAGGAGUUCCAGUGCGCGCUGGUGCGCUUCACCGAGCUUGUGCGCGUCAGCACUAUCAACUCCAUUGCUUUCACCUUUGCCGACACCAUCGAACUGCAGCACGACGAGGACGGCGCGCUGGCCGACCCACCAGAGGUGCUGCUGGCGACGCGCAUUGCCUGCCUUGUGUCAGUCCCGUAUCAGCAGAAAACGGACGAGGAGUCUGAGUUCGAGUGGGCCCCGGUGUACAGCCGCCAGCUGUGCGCCUUCACCGUCAUGUCGCGUGUCAUGAACCGCAGCUUGCGAGUGCUGACGGAGGCCAUCGCUGCCGCGCUGUUCCUCUCCGGAUUUAGCGACUGCUCUUUGGAAGACUACGACAGCAUGACACCACUGCUCCCCUUCGGCGACGUGCCCAGCUCACUUGGCGGCCUGCUCCUGCACUACGUGCUCGUCUUUCCGCCCGACUACGAGGCGAAUUGCCAGACGCCCGAGGAGCGCUGCCGCCUGCUGGAGACGAAGUUCAAAGCAAUCCCGAACAUCCAGACCCAGCUGCGCCGCGUCAUGGAGUUUACCUUUCACGCGCUCUACCUGCUCAACGUGUACAUCCUGCGCGACCCGAGCAUUGUGAGCUCGCCAGAGCUCGUUGAGACCGACGUCGUUGCGAACGCUCUCAAUCUGCUGCAUGAGAAGUGGGUGCUGCACCUUGACGGGCCGGCCCCGGAGGACGUGCAUGGGUACUUCCAAUUCGAGUAG